CCGCGCAUGCCUGGUGCAAAGCGUCUUCAGGUCGGGCGGUAGAUCCGGGCUAGUGCUGCAGUCCCGGCGGCCGCCGUCCGGCAUGCUGGUCUGGGGUCUGGCCGCUGCCUGCACCUCGCUCCGGCACCAUGGAAUGCCUGCGGAGUUUGCCCUGCCUCCUGCCUCGCGCGGUGGGACUUCCCCGGCGGAAGCUGUGUACCCUGGCCUUGGACUUGACCUCUGUGGCUCGUCCCGUUGCUGCGUGCUGCCGCGCCGCCGACCUGGUUGGAAAGAGCCGGGCGGCGCAGCUUUGCGGGCCCGGCAGGCUCCGUAUGGCAGGUGAAGUGCACCGGUUUAGAACUUCUGAUGCCUCUCAAGCCACUUUAGCGAGUGUAGCCCCAGUAUUUACUGUGACAAAAUUUGACAAACAGGGAAAUGUUACGUCUUUUGAAAGGAAGAAAACUGAAUUACACCAAGAGUUAGGUCUUCAAGCCAGAGAUUUGAGAUUUCAGCAUGUAAUGAGUAUCACAACUAGAAACAACAGGAUUAUCAUGAGAAUGGAGUAUUUGAAAGCUGUGAUAACUCCAGAGUGUCUUCUGAUACUAGAUUAUCGUAAUUUAAACUUAGAGCAAUGGCUGUUCCGGGAACUCCCUUCACAGUUGUCUGGAGAGGGUCAGCUCGUUACAUACCCUUUACCUUUUGAGUUCAGAGCUAUAGAAGCACUCCUGCAAUAUUGGAUCAACACCCUUCAGGGGAAACUUAGCAUUUUGCAACCACUGAUCCUUGAGACCUUGGACGCUUUGGUGGACCCCAAACAUUCUUCUGUAGACAGAAGCAAACUGCACAUUUUAUUACAGAAUGGCAAAAGUCUAUCAGAGUUAGAAACAGAUAUUAAAAUUUUCAAAGAGUCAAUUUUGGAGAUCUUGGAUGAGGAAGAGUUGCUAGAAGAGCUCUGUAUAUCAAAGUGGAGCGACCCACAAGUCUUCGAAAAGAGCAGUACCGGGAUUGACCACGCAGAAGAGAUGGAGUUGCUAUUGGAAAACUACUACCGACUGGCUGACGAUCUCUCCAAUGCAGCUCGGGAGCUUAGGGUACUGAUUGAUGAUUCACAAAGUAUUAUUUUCAUCAAUCUGGACAGCCACCGUAACGUGAUGAUGAGGUUGAAUCUACAGCUGACCAUGGGAACGUUCUCGCUUUCGCUCUUUGGACUAAUGGGAGUUGCUUUUGGAAUGAAUUUGGAGUCUUCACUUGAAGAGGACCAUAGAAUUUUUUGGCUGAUUACAGGAAUUAUGUUCAUGGGAAGUGGCCUUAUCUGGAGGCGCCUGCUUUCAUUCCUUGGACGACAGCUAGAAGCUCCGUUGCCUCCUACGAUGGCCUCUUUUUCUAAAAAGACUCUUCUGGCAGAUAGAAGCAUGGAAUUGAAAAACAGCCUCAGGCUGGAUGGACUUGGAUCAGGAAGGAGCAUCCUAACAAACCGUUAGUAGCAAUCCUGUGGAUACUGAAGUUUUUUAUGGUAGUCACAGGAAACUUCUGAUACUCUUUUAUUGUUUUCUUGUAUAGAGUCAGACACUUGAAAAAAAUUGUUUGAAGACAAAAUUCUUUUGGCAGUCACAAUACCACAACUUGAUAGUAUUUCCAGAAUUCUGAGUUAAAGUAUUUGCUUUGUGAAAGGCCAAAAUUGUUUCCUACAAACUUUAAAUGCUGUUUUUAUAGAUUUGAUAUGCAGCAACACAAGGACAGUUGUGUAGAUUUUAUUUAUACAUAAUUUAUACAUAUCAAGAAAAGUGCAAUUUCUUGCUGAAAGAGGCGCAGGAACUUGAUAAGCCCAUAGGUAGCUGUAGUUCUUUGUCAGCAUAGGGAAUUACGUUCAUGUGAAUUUCCCGAUUCUCAGGUGACUAAAAAAACUAGCAUUCUGUGUAUUAACCUUAAACUCUGGAAGUUUGAGCUUUAAAAACCAAACUUUAAUAUAACUUUAUUUUCUUGUACUUGCCACCCCUUUUUAUUUAAGGUGAAAAAUAAUUUCAGCACUGUAAGGAUUCCUAAUCAAGACUUCACUUUCUCAACCCCUGCUACUAGUUUUCUUUGCUCUCAGUAAUUAGAGCCUUUGAAAACAAAGGUGAAAGCAAUUACUUCCAUUCUGUUACUGUUCUGUAGCUACUGUGUCCAUUUAUUAUUAGAUACCACCCCUGCCCUGCCCCAAAAGGAAAAAUGUUUAUUGCCCUGUUUAUAUGCAAUAUUUUCUGGAGGUUAAGUACAGUUAUGCACUAGAAUAUUAGUUAAGACUCCCCAAGUAGUAUGCAUGGAAGGUUCUAGAGUGUCCAGAGCAGCCCUUGCACUACAAAUGUAAUAAUAAAUAUGCUAACCCUGAUGAUAUUGAGGGUACAUGAUUACCGUACUGUGAUAUCAUAUGAGGAAGUUUAGGAGUCCAUUUUUCAGGUGGUUUGGUGAUAGGAGUAAGAAUGUUACUCCCGUAUAGAUGAUUUGGAAGAAAACAGGUGAAAUACAAGUAUGGUUUCCCCACUGCUGCGUGUGGUCAUGGGCGGCCAUUAGAGGGAAGCUGGAGAACAGAAUGGAGCAGCCCCUGUUCACCACGCCAUAGGUCAGGAACACGUGUCAUGGUAUGGCUGUUGGCAUGUGAACAUACAGCACUCUCUAGUGUUAGGACUGUUAGGAUUUUUAAGAUUAUAUUUGAUAGAUGUCACAGGGUACCCUUUCGGCACAGCUCAGAACACACUGCUGCUAUUUUGGGUCUUACCACUAUAAAGUAAUAAAAGCACUACCUAACUGACAUGAAGAAUUGGAAUCCCAGAGGGCAGCCUUUGAUUUGACUAAGAUUAGGCAUAACAUAGAAUUGUGGUCAUUUUUCCUUGCAGUUUUAUGGAGUUCGUUUUUGAGCGUGGGUAAAAUAGUUUUCUGAUGAAUCAUGUCAAUAAAAGGAAAAAUAAUGUAACUACCUCCUAAGUCUGAUAAAGGGAAGUUGCUGGUAGUUUACAGCAUUCCUGAAGGUGGCUAAAUCAAGUAUGAGUUCAAAAUAUUAACUAGUUCUACUUUGGUGAUUGCAGGAUGCUUCUUAAAGGUCUCACAAAUAAACCAGCUUAUGCCAAAAAUAUAUGAAGUUCCUUGGACUAAAAUGAACUGAGUACAUUAAGUACUGUUUGAAAGUACGUACCAAACUCUGGGUUUUGUGAGCAAGCAAUCAUAUCCCCUGUCAAACACGUGAAGUGUAAGGUGUGAUGCUGUCUUUGGAAGGCCCCGAAACAAAUGUGGGCACAACAGGUGUCAUUUGAAGUUGCUAUUAACAUUUUAUUCUUCAUGAACAUAGACGGAUAAGCAGCACUAACCAAUUUUGUAUUAAAAAAGCAAUUUAUUUUGGUGUGUUAUUCCAAGAGUUGUUGUAUACAGCUUUAUUUUUUUGGAAUUGCAAUAUCAAAUUUGCACUUUGGA